GAUCCUUCUGUUACACAAGUGACAAGAAAUGUUCCUCCAGGGCUAGAUGAAUACAAUCCUUUCUCUGAUUCAAGAACACUUCCUCCAGGAAAUGUGAAAAUGCCUAAUGUAUCCAGUACCCAGCCAGCAAUAAUGAAACCAACAGAAGAACCACCUGCUUACACACAAAUUGCAAAGGAGCAUGCCUUGGCCCAGGCAGAACUGCUAAAGCGUCAAGAAGAACUGGAAAGAAAAGCAGCUGAACUAGAUCGCAGAGAAAGGGAAAUGCAGAGUCUCAAUCAGCAGGGGGGUAGAAAAAAUAACUGGCCACCUCUUCCUGAGAAUUUUCCAGUGGGUCCAUGUUUCUACCAGGACUUUUCUGUAGACAUUCCUGUAGAAUUCCAGAAGACAGUAAAGAUUAUGUACUAUUUGUGGAUGU